AUGGCAAUAGAAGAAUUCACGUCAAUCCAUAUACUCGAGUAUGGCGACGCAAUAUCUCCGACCUCGAAACCCAAGUUUCUAUCUGCCCUAAGGCAUGCUCUCGUCAACAUUGGGUUCUUCUACAUCAGGAAUCCGCCUAUAGGAAUCAAAGUCCGCGAGGCGCUUGUCCAGAAAACGGGGUCAUUCUUUGCUCUGCCAACGGCCGAAAAAGAGCAGGUGGCUUUGGUCAACAGCAGGCACUUUCGAGGGUAUGCUUCGCUGGGUAGUGAAAGAACAGGGACGAAGACUGAUGGACGGGAGACGCUCACGGUUGGCUUUGACGACUCAGCGCGUGGUUUCCGACAGGCAGUCGAAGCGUACCUGAACGAGAUACAAGCACUCUCGAACACAUUUGCCAUUCUAAUCGCAGAGACACUGGACAUGGAACCUACCGUGUUCACCAAACUACUAGACAAAACCCGCUACAGUCUCCUUCGAAUAGCCGCGUACCCGCGCCCUCAAGGUUCCUCAAAUCCAGAAACAGGAUUCCAGGGCGUCGGUCCUCACAAGGACGGGAGUUUCCUAACCUUCCUCCUCCAGGGCACCGGCCACUCGAGCCUCGAAGUCCAGAACAAGGCCGGGGAGUGGAUCGCCGCGCCUCCUGUUGAAAACACCCUCGUCGUGAAUAUCGGGCGCUCACUCGAAACACUCACCCGCGGGGUCUGCGUUGCUACCACCCACCGAGUCAUUCUGCGACAGGGCCAGUAUUGCCAGGGGCAUAAUGGAACGCGCCUGAGUUUUCCGUUUUUCCAGAGUCUGGGGCUGGAUGUGGCCCCGGAGGAUAUGCAAAUCGAUAUUCCGGAGCAUAUCCUGGCUCUACGUCGAGACGAUGAUAUCUCUGAGGUGGAGACGUACUUUGCUGAGGCUUUCAAGGGUCUGGUUGGCGAGGCGCUUCUAACGAACGGGGUCUCGAGCUACCCAGGGGUUGGGACGCGGUGGUAUCCUGAACUGGAGGCUGAGGUGAGGAAACAGCAGCAUGCGGCGAAGCAGUUAGAUGACUCCAAAGCUGUGAGUGCGUGA